GGGCUUUGUCCUAACAAUUGGAUCCAUCUACAAGGUUCAUGCUACAGAGUCCCGUCAAAGAGUUUGAACUGGACCGCUGCAAAAUCUGACUGUGAAGCUCAGGGGGCUAAGCUCGCCAUAGUGACAUCACAAGCCGAACAACAAGCACUAGUCUCGAAAAUCUCACAAAAGGUAUGGAUUGGUUUGUGGAGGGACCCCAAUGUCCAUUCACGUUGGUUGUGGGUUGAUGGAUCAAUAGCGACAUAUACUCACUGGUCUCCUGGAGAACCCAACGACGUUGGAGGUGUUGAGGAUUGCGCACAUAUGUUUCCUCGUGCAGGAAAAUGGAAUGAUCGAGCAUGUUACAGAAGUCUUAAAUACCUUUGUGAAACCAAUGGUAGGCAGCAC